AUGGAAAAUGAAGAUAAUAAUAUGAAUGAUUCAAAUAGUAACUAUAGUGAUAAUGAUGAAGAAUCAUCAAAUAAUAAUAAUGAAUAUUUUGAAAGUUAUUUCGAUUUGAACGUUCAUGAUGUAAUGUUAAAGGAUACUACAAGAACAUUAGCAUAUCGCAAAGCAAUAGAAGAGAAUGUAAUAGAUUUCAAAGAUAAGAUUGUAAUGGAUGUUGGUGCAGGUACAGGUAUUCUAUCGAUGUUUGCAGCAAAGUGUGGUGCAGCCAAAGUCUAUGCGAUAGAGGCAUCACAGAUGGCACCAUUCACAAAGUCACUGGUGAAAGCUAACCAUUUGGAUCAUAUCAUUACAGUGGUACACAAGAGAGUUGAAGAUAUCGAUGAAUCCGAUAUUCCACAGGGAAAGGUCGAUGUUAUCAUUUCAGAGUGGAUGGGAUUCUAUCUUUUACAUGAAUCCAUGUUGGAGAGUGUGCUUGAUGCACGUGACCGUUGGUUAAAACCAAACGGAAUACUAUUCCCAACCAAAGGUGAUAUCAAAAUUGCACCUGUAAAUCUCGAGCAGCUGAUGCACGAACGUGUAGGUCACUGGUCAGAUGUAUAUGGUUUCGACUUUUCCAUCUUCAAAGAUAUGUCAAUGCAUUUAUUACAAUCACAACCAUUGAUUGAAUAUUUAAAAGGAGAUACAGUUAUAAGUGAACCAAAAGAUAUUAUAGAGAUUGAUUUUACAAAGGUGACAAAAGAAGAACUUAGAGAUAUUGUUGUAAAGAAUAUUCCUUUUAGUAUUGACGAUGAGAGAUGUACUUUGAUUCAUGGAUUUGCAAUUUGGUUCAAUUGCUAUUUCGUUGGAAGUAAUUCGACGGUCAGAUUGGACACUGCACCAGGCAUGCCAUAUACACAUUGGAAGCAAACAACCAUUCUACUGCCGGACGUAAUCGAUGUACGUGGAGCAGGUCAGAUUGAAAUCAACAUUGACAUGAAACAAGAUGAAAUCAACCCAAGAUUCUAUGAACUUUCAUUAUCUUUUCCAGACGACGACGACCAAGAUGAAAAUGCCAAUGAAGACCAAUAA